UGGUACGGCACGCUGCAGCGGUGGGGCCACUCCAGCCUACUUAUAACCGCUGGUCGCCCGCCCGCCGCCGACACUCCAUCACGCUCCGCCACCGCGCACACCGUACGCUUCUUGUUGGAACUUUAAAAAUCGUGAUUUUAACUACCCGCAUAAGUUAAAGAGUGAUGAUGAAUCGAGUACUAAUCGUUUUAGUAGCUAUGUGCAUGUUCACAGUCGCCAUGGUUCCCAAGAACAGGCGAGCCCUCAAUUCUGAAGAAGAAAAAACCAGACGUUCUUCUACAGAAAACCCUACACAAAUCUGCGCCCCGCGAACUCCCUGCGGCUGGUCAGUAUACAAGCCCGUUUCAAGGAUGAUCGAAUUAAACAUCACGAACACAUAUUGCCACUGUGGAUCCAAAGCAGAAUGUAAAGUAAGUGAAGAUGACACAGGCGCGAGCGCAUUAAUUCUGCGAUGCAAGCUUCGCGCUGACUUAAUCGAAACUCCCGAAAGCUAGCGAGCGCUGUGCUUUGGGAUAUCGUCCUACGCCAGAUGACGUCGCUUGUUCGAACCCGAAAUUUAUAACAAACAGAAGAAAGACGAAACCUGGUUGAGUCAUUUUCAAUGGUUAAAAUAAUGUAUUUACAAAAAA